AUGGAGAAGACCCCGGGCUCCAAGUUCUGCUUCGUCCUCCUGCUGCUCCUGGUGCUGCCUGACUGUGCGCGGGAGACGCCCUGCGUCGGCGGGCGCGGAGAUCCUUACUAUGAUUUCACCAUUUCUUUUCAUGAACAACAAUGGUGCAAGGUCCAAGGACAGGUGGAUGGAGAGAAGUUUCUUUUAUAUGACUGUGGCAGCAAUAAGGUUAUAUCUAUGAAUCUCCUGAGGGAGGAGGGAAAGGCCAUGGAUUCCUGUGAAAAAGGUUUAGGUACCCUGAGCGACCUGGGAAACGAAAUAAAACAUUUAUCUACUGACAUUAAACAGGAGAAAUACCCAGACGGAGCUCCUCUCCCCCUGCAGGUCAGGAUGACGUGCAUGUGCAAAGCCGAUGGAAGAACCAGUGGAUCCUUGGAGUUUUCCUUGGGUGGAGAGAGGCUCCUUACAUUUGAUUCGGAGACAGAAAAGUACAGAGCAGAUAAUUCCGAAGGUGAACGGCUGAAAAAGAAGUGGGAGAAUGAUACGAAUUUGAAUAACUUCUUCCUAAAAACACUAAAGGGAGACUGCAAGGGAUUGUAUCAAUGCUCGCUGCACUGGAAGAAAGAGCUGGAGACAACAGCUGCAUCAACCACUGCCAUAGCCACAGUCCCAUCCAAGGCCGCAAUGAACAUGCCCAUCGCCUGGUGGAUCUGCCCUGUGAUCCUCACCUGGAUAACCAUAGUUGGCUUCCUAGGCUGCCGAUGCGACAAAGAAGGCCCUGGUGGUGUGGACUAGCUCAGCAACUCUGCCUUUUGCUUGGCUGCUUCUGGAUGACCUGCUGUU